AUGAACAUCAAGAUCAAGGUCAGUCUCGCACCUUCGCUCCAAGCUGUUGUGGACUGGUGUCGGUUGCUGACUCCCUCAUCCGCUCGUCGAUGUCGAACCAACCCCUGCACUCACUCCAAACCCCCGUACACGACAACACGCACACCGUAUCCUCUCGCACCUCACCUCACGUUCCCUCUUCUCCAGACACUGACUGGCAAAGAGGUCAGUCUCCCGUGGCUCUGCCCUCGAUCCUCACGCCCCCCACAGCUGAGCGCUGAUCCACGAGCUCCCAAAUUCGCCCCACAGAUCGACCUCGACAUUGAGCCCAACGACACCGCAAGUCCAUCGCACCACACCCCGACUACACCACACCGAACCCGUGCACUGACGAUCAUUGUCCCUUCUACAGGUCGAACGCAUCAAGGUCGCACUAGAGGAGAAGGAGGGGAUCCCCCCGGCGCAACAACGUCUCAUCUUUAUGGGCAAGGCCAUGUACGUUUCAAAUCUCAGUUCAGCCAAAAGUACAGUUCACUGAAUCCCGUCUUAACAUGCUUCUCCUCUUCCGCCUCCUCUUUGGGAAUCGGUUUCCCCCCCUGAUCCUCGUUCUCCCCCCAACCCAUCGACGACCCUCACCCACUCUCAGGCCGGAAGAAAAGACCGCGUCCGACCUCAAGGUCACACCAGGCAGUACUUUGCAUCUCAUCCUUUCGCUCCGAGGCGGUCAAUGCUAG